AUGGGGCAGGAACACAUGAUGUACAUGGCUGAUCCAGCCUUGCAAACCUGUUAUGCAUCACCUGAGGAGCUACAGAAUUUGGCUGCCAAACAUCCCAACCUGGUCAUCAUCACUCUCGAAGUUGCCAACCCUGCCAGCAUCAAGGUGGCUGCAGCCAAGGUUGGGGAGCACCUGGGGGACUCUGGGCUGAACCUUCUCAUCAACAACGCUGGAAUGGUCAAGUCUAAGAUGCUUGAUGCUGAAACAUUGGAGGACAUGACUGACACUUACACCACCAACACUACUGGACCCUUACUGAUGGGCCAGGCAUUCCUGCCCUUGCUGAAGAAGGCUGCGCAGGGGAGCCCAGGCUCAGGGCUGAGCUGCAGCAAGGCUGCCAUCAUCAACAUAUCCAGCAUUGGUGGCUCCAUCACUUCCAUUUUCGGUUGGGAAAUGAUGCAAGUCACCUCAUACCGCUGCAGCAAGGCUGCUCUGAACAUGCUGAGCAAGUGCCAGUCCCUGGCGUACAAGGAGCACGGCAUCCUC